AUGAAGCUUGACAGCAUUAUUCGAAUGCUCUGGGUCCUUUCCACCAUUGUUGCAUUCGCCACCGCGCAUUCAUGGGUGGAACAGCUCACCGUGAUCGCAGCAAAUGGAACAUUCACUGGCACCCCAGGCUAUGCCCGGGGGAAUUGGCUUCGCACGGCAGCCGGAUUCAAUGAUACGACCAUGACCUACUUGAUCCCACCCGAUGGCUCGGCAAACGUGACCCUGGUUCUCCCUACCGACAAGCUGUGCAAGGACACUCAGCAGACCCAAACUCAGAGCGACGGGAGUCCUCGACUGAAAGCCAGCGCUGGCGCGGCGAUUGCACUCCGCUACCAAGAAAACGGCCAUGUCACUCUGCCUUGGAACCAACCUGGAAAGCCCAAAAACCGAGGCACCGUGUACGUCUAUGGAACGACGGAACCCAAGAUUGGAGAGACUCUCCUUGAUGUUCACGGUGCUUGGACCGCAGACGGCACUGGGGGCGAUAAACGAGGCGUCCUCCUGUCCACGCAGAAUUUUGACGACGGCCGCUGCUAUCAGAUCAACACUGGAAAUAUCUCAGAGGCUCGCCAGACGGAAUACCCGCACGAGGCCAACCAGCUGAUGGGAGCUGACCUCUGGUGUCAACAAGAUAUUCAACUGCCGCCCACUGCCCCGGCGGGGAAAGUGUACACACUCACUGGGUGUGUCGAUCCAACAUAUCCACAAGGCAAGAAAGAGAUCUACACCACUUGCAUGGACGUAGACGUCACUGGUAUGUCUACAGGCAAUUCACAGGAGCAGGAUAGCUAUGCCACCGCCCAGAACCUCAACAGCGCUGCCAUUCCGUCGGAAUUUGCCAAUUUGGAUGAGGAUGGUUCUGCCAGGGCAACCCACUCGUCGUCAUUAUCAGCCGCAUCGUCAGAGUCGUUUCCAACUGUUACAACCAUCUGGCAGACAUUUACUUCCACAAUUCCCACAGUCACCGAGACUGCCUGGCCAACAAUAGAGAAGACAGUGACCGUCAGAGACUGCCAGGCGACGGGUGCUACGAGCAUGGGACAAUAG